AUGAGAUCUCCACAAUUUUCUUGGCUCCUCUUCCUUUUCCUCUACUCUGUUUCUGCUCUGUUCACCAUUGAUAAAGUUCUGGUUUGUGGCCGAUGUCUAGAGGAUCAGAGAUCCCUGUUACUCCAACUGAAUCAAAGCCUCUCUUUCCUUCAGCGACCCCGUUCCGUAGAUUCAAAGCUUGCGUCUUGGAACACAAGCACCAAUUGCUGUAGUUGGAAAGGUGUAUCCUGUGACAGAGAUUCUGGAAAUGUUAAUGGUCUCGAACUCAGCAGCGAAUAUAUAACCGGAGGAAUUGAAAAUUUAAGCAGUCAAGUUCCCAUCGAAAUCUCAAGCCUGACAAGGUUAGUUUCUCUCCACCUCUCCACUUUUUCUGGAUUGACUCGAUUGAAACUUGAAAAGCCGGAUCUCAGAACUCUUGCUCAGAACCUCUCAGAAUUGAGGACUCUCCGUCUUGAUGGAGUGAAUAUAUCAGCAAAUGGCAGUCAAUGGUGCCGAGCCUUUUCCUCUGCCCUUCCUAAUCUGCAAGUAUUAAGCUUGUCCAAUUGUUAUCUUUCAGGGCCACUGGAUUCUUCACUUUCUAAACUUAGUUUGCUCUCUCAGAUUGAUCUCAGCCAGAACAAUAUAUCUGCUGAAGUACCAAUAUUCUUCGAGAAUUUCAAGAAUUUGUCUUCCCUGUAUCUCAGUUCUUGUGGGUUAUAUGGAAAUUCCCAGAGAAAAUUCUUCAGCCAAGGACCCUUCAAAGCCUUGAUGUAUCACAGAACCCGCUUCUGCAUGGUUUUCUGCCGGAAUUUUCUCCGAACGGAUCUCUUCAGACCUUGGUACUCUCUAGCACAAGCUUGUCAGCUCCAAUUUUCUCAAAGGACCAAUCCCAGUUCCAUCAUCAGCCCUCACAUAUUUGGAUUUCCCAAACAACAGCUUUCAAUCCAUCAUCCCAUCCAAUAUCACCCCGUACCUUUGUCUUCACCAUCUUCUUCUCUCUCAAGGAAUAAUCUCACUGGGGAAAUCCCUCAAUCAAUAUGUAAUGCUGCUUAUCCACAAGUUCUUGAUCUGUCUAUCAACAGCUUGAGCGGCACAAUACCCUCAUGUUUGGCUAGCAUGAGCACACUGUCGGUACUGAACCUACGGCGUAACCACUUUUUUGGCCGCAUUCCUCAAGAAUUUCAAGUUGGGUGCAAUCUAAGGACAUUGGAUCACAGUGGGAACAGAUUAGAAGGACCAUUGCCUACAGCCUUUGCCAAAUGCCAAAAGCUAGAGGUUCUCAAUCUUAGGAAUAACCAAAUAAAUGGCACAUUUCCAUUCUUCUUGGGAAGCUUUACCGACUUACAAGUCCUUGCUCUGCGUUCCAUCAAAUUCAGCGGAGCUAUUAGAGGUGACGAAACAAAUCAUACUUUCCCACUGCUACAAAUUGUAGACCUCUCUUCGAAUCACUUCUCAGGUAAUCUUCCCACUGAAUACUUUAUGAAAUGGACGGGAAUAAUGGCUGCUAGAGAUGAAAUACAGUCUGAGAUCAAGCAUGAGACAUUGAGAGUCAGGUUCCUAAAAUACGGUUCUCAAAUGUACUACCAGGAUACAGUGACUAUUAUAAUCAAAGGACAAGAAAUGGAGUUGACAAAGAUCCUAACUGUAUACAUCCAUUGACUUAUCAAACAAUGAGUUCCAAGGGGAGAUUUCAAAUGUGAUAGGAAACCUCACUUCUCUCUAUUUUCUUAACUUGUCACAGAAUGCUCUAACUGGUCUAACACCAUCAUCCUUGGGGAACCUAAAACAGCUCGACUCAUUAGACCUCUCAAGCAACAAGUUAGGAGGAGAGAUCCCUCAGCAACUAACAAGCCUAACAUUCCCUUCAGUCCUGAACCUUUCAUGGAACAAACUUUCAGGGAUGAUACCGAAGGGGAAUCAAUUUCAGACAUUUUCAGUGUCUUUCUUUGAAGGAAAUGUAGGCUUUUGUGGAGCCCUCUUGUCAAGAAACUGCAAUGAGAAUAAAUCAGAAUUAGCAUUACCACCUACAACAGCACCAGCAACAUCAAGCGAAAAACAUCACAAAUUGUUCGGGUAUGAUUGGCAAAUCGUAUUGAGUGGAUUAUUUCUGGGAUUUGGAGGGGCAGCAGGAAUGGUUAUCGCAUUCAUCUUCUUUUCAGAUCAAGGAAGGAAAUGGUUGUUUGCCUGCUAAUAAAAAGCUGUGGGGGAUCCUUAAACAUGCUUUCUGUAUCUAUCUUUAAUUUACCAAUGUUCUGGUUUUCUAGAGCUGUUUCUAUUAAACAACUGCAAGUAAAUAUGA